CCUGCGUGAAAGAGGAUUCCUGGACACCAAAAUGGCUGCCACACACCUCGACGUUGGCCUACGUUGCAUCAAGUACCUGCUCUGCGCAGUUAACUCCCUCUUUGUGUUAACGGGGAUAAUGAUAAUAUCUGUUGGAACAACAAUUUAUGCAGUUUAUGAGGAUUUUUCACAUUUUCUGGAUCCCAGUUACUUUUCUCCAGCAACCGUUUUAGUCGUUGUUGGAAUGCUGGUCUUUGUAAUAGCUUUCCUGGGCUGUUGUGGAGCUCUUAAGGAAAGUACCUGCAUGGUUCUCGUUUUUGCAGUAUCACUUUCGGUAGUUCUUGUUCUGGAGUUAGCUGCAGCAAUUUCAGCUUAUGCUCUUCAAGAUGGAAUACAAAACCUCCUAGCUGAAAAAAUUAAUUCUACCAUGCACAAAUAUGGAAAAAAUACAGAAGCUACAGAUGCCAUCAACUUUUUACAAUCAAGACUUUAUUGCUGUGGAUAUAAUGGAUCUGAAGAUUGGUUAGAUAUUACAAAGGAAAUUCCUCAAUCUUGUCGACCUUGGUCAAACGAAAAUGUUACGUGUUCUCCUAAUAACGAUGAUAUUUCAUGUGCACCUUAUGAAACUGGAUGUAUUAAACACCUUUCAGUUAUUAUUCACAGAAGUGCACUUUAUAUUGGAACUGGAGCUGUGGCUAUCGCUCUUAUUCAGUUAACCGGAAUAAUGUUUGCCUGCAUGUUGGGCCGAGCAAUUAGAAGACAGAAAACAGAAAGGGAAAGACGUAGAUGGGAAUUAAGGGAGAGUUUGGUCAAUGGUUAUCAACCACUGGGGAAAUCAGAUCCUUUUACUACUUUUCCCGUUGUUUACAUGUCCUCUGAGCCCUUGAAGAACCCAUAGUAUUUCUGUUGUUUUCUAAUUAUUAAUGAUAUAUUUUUUUUAUACAUA